AUGGCCGUGCGCGGCGCCAGCACCUUGACGCCCUUCUCCAUCCAGGCGAUCCUCAACAAGAAGGAGGAGCGCGGCGGGCUCCCCGCGCCGCCCGAGGGGCGCCGGGCCCCCGGGGGCGCCCCGGGAGCGGUGGCCGGAGCGCCCGCCGUCUGCUGCUGGCGGCUCUUUGGGGAGAAGGACGCGGGCGCGCUGGGGGGCGCCGAGGACCCGCUGCUGGCGUCGCCCGCCGGGCCGAGGACGGCGGCGGCGGGGCGCACCGCGGAGAGCCCGGGCGCCUGGGACUCGGACUCGGCGCUGAGCGAGGACCACGAGGGCGGCGGGCGGCGCUGCGCGGACGCGCCCGCGGCCGGUCGGGCCGGCCGUGCGGGAGGGACCCUGGGCCUCGUCCAGCCGGGCUGCGAGCUGCCCGCCGCCAAGGACCUGGAGGAGGAAGCCGCGGGCCGGAGCGACAGCGAGCUGUCCGCCAGCGUCUCAGGCGACCGCAGCCCGAGGCCGGAGGACGACGGCGUGGGCCCGGGAGGCGCCCGCGUGCUGUGCGGCGGCGAGGCGGGCGGCGGCGGCGGCGGCGGGGGCCCGGCGGGCGGCGCGGAGGAGGAGGAAGAAGAGGAGGAGGAGGGGCCCGUGGCCCCGAAGCCGCGCAAGAAGCGCUCGCGGGCCGCCUUCUCGCACGCGCAGGUCUUCGAGCUGGAGCGCCGCUUCAACCACCAGCGCUACCUGUCGGGGCCCGAGCGCGCUGACCUGGCCGCGUCGCUGAAGCUCACCGAGACGCAGGUGAAGAUCUGGUUCCAGAACCGCCGCUACAAGACCAAGCGCCGCCAGAUGGCCGCCGACCUGCUGGCCUCGGCGCCCGCGGCCAAGAAGGUGGCGGUCAAGGUGCUGGUGCGCGACGACCAGAGACAGUACCUGCCCGGCGAGGUGCUGCGGCCGCCGUCGCUGCUGCCCCUGCAACCCUCCUACUACUACCCGUACUACUGCCUCCCCGGCUGGGCGCUGUCCCCCUGCGCCGCCGCCGCGGGCACCCAGUGA